GUUGGAAAUUUUUUUUUUUUUUUUUCCAAUUUUAUUGUUUUGCCUCAAAUCCCCUUGUUUUGGUGGGGUUGAUUGAUAUAAAUGGAAGUACAUAAAGCCUUGCCCAUGAUUCUUCUGAAGGGUCAGAAAAGUUUGCAGUAUAUUAAUAUAUAGUCACUGUGCAGAUAGUCCAAACAUUUUCUUUUGUUUUCUUCCAUCUUUCUUCAACAUUUCUCAUGGUUUAUGGCACACAUAACAAACAGUUUUCCUAGCCACCACAUUCAAGGGAAAUCAGCCAUGUCAAAUCUCUGCAAAAUGCAAAUCCACAUUAAUGGUCAAGAGACAUUCUUCUUAAAUGAGAAAGUUUUGUCAACUUAUUCAGAAAAGAUGAAGAAGAUUGUGAAACAAGAAAGGAGAAGAACCCAGAAAAGGAAUUUGGACAUAGAAAUUGAUGACUUCCCAGGAGGCCCGGAUGGAUUUGAGUUGGUCGCAAGAUUUUGUCACGACAAUGGUGGAAUCACAAUAACAGUCACUAAUGUGUCUCUUCUCCAUUGCUGUGCAGUUUUCCUUGGAAUGACUGAGAAAGUCUCAACUUUCAAUCUCUUGCAACAAACAGAAGCCUUUUUGGAGGGAAUGUUUUACUGGUCAUGGAAAGACAUAUUAGCAUGCCUAAAGAGUUGUGAGUCAUUCUUUGCAUAUGCAGAUUCAUUUGGUCUACUAGAAAAGCUUAUUUUUGCACUUUUGGCAAAGAUUGCUCAGAAUUCAGACUUGAGCCUAAUAACAACCUCAUCCUCAACUUCAUCCUCUCCGGAAACCGCAUCCGGGUUUCGAUUCUCUUCCUCUUGCAAAGCCACCCCUGAAUCAAUUAAGCCAAGCUCAUCAAGCAAAGCAUGGUGGUUUGAUGAUUUGACCAUUUUACCACCAAAGAUCAUUGAAAAAGUCAUAACAAGCUUAGGAGUUUACACGAACAACAACAAAAGCGUAAUCCUCACAAAAUUUCUCCUUCAUUACCUGAAACUUGCGACUCAUAGGAAAGGUCACAACACAAAAGGUGAAUUUCUCGGUCUAGCAGAUACAGCUUGUCAUGGGGUUAUAUCAGCAGGGAAAAAGGCAUUUUCUUGCAGAUCACUCUUUUGGGUGCUGAGAAUUCUGUCUGGUUUUGGAAUAAGCAAAGAGUGCAAACUUGGUUUGGAAAGGUUGAUUGGUGAAGUUCUUGAUGAGUCAAAGUUGGAUGAUCUUCUUGUUUCUGGCAACAAGAGUGGUGUUUAUGAUGUUAAUCUUGUGAUCAGAUUGGUGAGAGUGUUUGUUAGCUGUGAUGGGGUCUCUGUACAGAAGUUGAAAAAAGUUGGCAGAUUGAUUGAUGAGUACUUGUGUGAAAUAUCACCCGAUCAGAACCUCAAGAUCUCGAAAUUUCUUGGGGUUGCAGAGAGUGUACCAGAUUCCGCUAGAGACAGUUUUGAUGGGGUUUUCAGGGCCAUUGACAUCUACCUUGAGUCUAACCCCACACUUUCAUCGGAGGAGAGGUCAAAACUAUGCAGAUGCCUCAACUACGAAAAGCUCAGCCUUGAAGCCUGCAAAGAGCUUGCAAAGAAUCCAAAAAUCCCACCAAGAAUCACCAUUCAGGCACUCAUUUCGCAGCAAUCAAAAGUCCCCACAAGGGAAUUUGGAGAUCUAAAGACUAGUCCAAGUGGCAAGAUUAAUAAUGAAUUACCCCAAAUGGCUAAUUUGUACAAUAUUGGUUGUGAUGACGAAAGCUUUGCAGAGGAAAACAAAUAUGUGAAGAUGAAUUUGCAGAGAAUGCAAAGAAGGGUGAUGGAGUUGGAGAAAGUGUAUAGGGAAAUGAGGGGUCAGAUGUCUAGGAUUGUUAGGAACAAUGUAUUUGGCGCUCCUUCUCAUUCUAAAACUCUCCCUAGGCUUUGCUGAUUUUAUUUUAUUUUUUUUAAUUUUUUUUUUUUGCCUUCUCCUCCUUAUAUA